AUGGCGUCGUCCAGGCUGCUGCUGGCCGUGGUCGUGGUGGCCGGCUGCGCUAUAGGGCUCUGCGGCGCGACGGACCACAUCGUGGGGGCCAACCGCGGGUGGAACCCCAACAUCAACUACACACUCUGGUCCGGCAACCACACCUUCGUCGUCGGCGACCUCAUCUCGUUCCGGUACCAGAAGGGGACGCACAACGUCUUCGAGGUGAACCAGACGGGGUACGACAACUGCACCAUGGACGGCGUCGCCGGCAACUGGACCUCCGGCAAGGACUUCAUCCCGCUCAACGAGCGCCGCCGCUACUUCUUCAUCUGCGGCAACGGCUUCUGCCAGGCCGGCAUGAAGGUCGCCGUCACCGUCCACCCCGGCGCGCUCGUGGGCACAGAGAUGCCGAUGGUGCCGCCGGGCCCCGACUCCACUGCUUCUGCCGCCGCCGCCGCCACCACCACCUCAUUCACCGCUUCCGCCUGGCUGUCGGUCGCGGCGCUGGCCGUUGUCAUUACCGGCGUCGCUUGA